AUGUCCCAGCCCAAGAUCACCCUCUACACCAAUCGCGGCUGCCCUUGGGCACAUCGAGCCCAUAUCGCGCUGAAAGAAACCGGCUUGGACUACGAAGAAGUCACUAUUGACCUGAACACUCCCCGCGAGCCCUGGUACCUUGAGGUCAACCCGCGUGGCCUGGUCCCCAGUCUCUCAUAUAACGGAAAUAUCAUUACCGAGUCUGGCAUUGUGGCCCAGUUCAUCGCCGACGCCCAUCCAUCUCACCUCCUCCCGCCGUCCGGUCCCUCUGAGAAUGCUUUGUACCGUGCCCGCGUCGCCUUCUUCGUCGAUGCCUUCUUCAGCAAGGUCGUGCCGUACUUCUUCACCAGCAUCAAGGCAGCUUCGGAGGAAGAGCGCGAUGCCGCCGCCGAGGAAUUGGUUGCUGCUGCCGUGAAGGAAAUUGAGCCCUUACUGGCCGAUACUGAGGGCAAAGGUCCUUUCUUCGGUGGUAGUGAUAAGUUGACUUUGGCCGAGGUCCAAACGGGCUCCUUCUUGCUGCGCAUUCUUGGCUUCAGUAAGCCCGAGCAUGGUCUGGUCAGCGUGAAGCUGCCUGCUCUGCUGGAGAAGUCGCCGCGCUUCAAGCGCUGGGCGGAGGCUACCGUUGCUCACGAGAGUGUUAACUUCAUUUUCGAUGAGAAAGCUGUUGCUGAUAGGACAAGGGCUAAGUGGGCGCCCAAGGCUUAG